AUGGAUUUGAGGCAUUUAAUUAUUCUACUGCUAAGUAGUUCAUUUUGCUUAUCAGAUAUCACAAUUUUUCCAAACUUUGAAGAAAUUAAUUUGAAAGAAGGUGAUGAAUUGGAAUUAACUUGCACAAGCACAGAUGGGGGCGACAUUGAUUUUUUUUAUCCUAAAAAUGUUGAUGACGAGAUUGAAACAUCGUCAGUAGAGAUCGUUCAAGAUCCAACAUCUAAUCCCUCCAAUUUCACAUUACGAAGACGUAAAACAUAUUUCGGCGACACUGGAUGGUAUGGAUGCACCGAAGCAAGCAAAAAUUAUCGGAAAUUGAAUCAUAUGAAAAUUUCGGUCACCCCGGAUACUUACAAUGAGAUUUUUAUCAAAUGGGUUUACGUUUAUGUAACAUCUCCAACUGAUGUCUGGAUUUCUAACAACAAAUUUAGCGUAGCCGACAGCUUUGUUGGUGGCAAUGCGAUCUUUCCAUGCCGCCCUAAUUCUCCAACAGCCUCUGCAACCUUAUUAUUCGAAAAUUCGAUUAAAGCUCUUCCUCUGGACGAUAGACUAUCAUUUGAUCCAAAAGUGGGAUUUAUAUUACACAAUGUUUCGAAAAACGAUUCAGGAUCAUACACAUGUUAUGUUAAAAACUUCCCUGAUGACUGGAUUAUUAUCAAACUUAACGUACUAGGCCCCAAUGCCUUGACUCCAGUGAUGAUAAACAGUUACUCACUGCAGCAAAUGACUCUCGGCCAGGGUUUUUCAAUGAAUUGCUCGAUAUUUUACGGGGAUGACUUCGCACCGAACAUGCUCCAUGAAAGUUAUCUUAAAUUAUCGAAUAGAAUUUCAAAUAACUACCGAGUAAUAGCUGGUAAUAAUAUUGAUUGGACUAUAGAUGUCGAAGCUUAUCCAAUCCCGAAAUUUCAGUGGUUUGACCCUAAAGGAAAUGAAAUAAAGAACGGUUGGAUCCUCAAUGACUUUCAAGUCAACGGUGAACACUUUUCGGUCCAAUUAAUCAAACCUUUCUUGACUUAUGAAGAUCGUGGGACUUAUACUCUGAAAGCUACUAAUGCAGCAGAAUUUAAGGAGAUUAAAUUGACGCUUGAUGUUUUAGUUGAACCUACCAUCGUUCAAAAAUCAGAAGACGCGGAAGCCAUAUCUGCUUCAUAUAAUCAAACCAUAACUGCUGAAUGCGAAGCUCAAGGAAAUCCUCUUCCGGCUAUAAUAUGGAAGUAUUCUCAUAAAUUUGAGAAUUCAACUGAAAGCACAGGAGAAGGCGAUUUAUUUAAUAUAACAUCGAUCACAGUUGAUGGGGAGAAAACAAUAUCCACAAUCAAUGUAAAAGCUCAAAAUACAGGAAAACUCAUUUGCAGCGCAUGCAACGAAGUCAAUUGCAGAUCUGCUGUUGUUAAAGUUAUCACUGUUCCAGUGUUGAUGAAAUUGCAGCCAGGUCCACGACCAAUAUCUGAUUACCAGGUGGUCUCUUUAAGCGAAGGCGAGACAUUGCAUAUUUUUUGUCCCAGUACUAAAAAUGUAACGUUUUUCCACCUCUGGCUUAAACGGGGUGUUGUCAAUUCAAACUAUUCCAUAUCAGGACAAGAAGUCGGUAGUAAGAACGCAUGGUAUGAACGCAAGUCAGUAGUCUACGGUGAUAGUGGAUGGUACGCAUGUGGGAAUGUGCCCGAAAAAUAUCAAGACUAUGGGGAAUUUACGUUCGUGUCCAGUCCGGUUCUUUACAAGGAAUCAAAUAGUGAUUGGUUGUACGUUUUUGUCGAAUCUUCAGAGAACCUUUUUGUCGAGACUCCAUAUAUAAACAAAGAUUCCGACGAUAAUUACAUUUUAGAAGUAAAUGUUGGAAAUGAUCUAAUAUUCCCUUGUCGGCCAACUUCCCCAGACUAUCAAGUGGAUCUCUACAUAGAUGACCAAAAAGCAAAUUUAAGUGAUCAUUUAUUAUAUGAUCCAAAGAUAGGAUUUACAAUGUUGAAUAUCACAUGGGAAAUGCCCUUUUUCAUCCACUGUAAAAUAAACGAUCCCACCACAGGAAAAGUGCAGAGAAGAGACUUCAGUGUCAACCUAGAAAAUUCAACAAACGGGCUUGACUCACCAAAGAUAAUGACCGAAACACUCACUCACAUGGUAGUCGGAAAACCUUUCACUUUGCAAUGUAAAGCUUACUUCAAUCGAGUUAAAACCAAUUACUAUUUCAAAUGGAAUAAGCCUCAGCUGAAUCAUCAAAUCACACAAAAGUUGUAUCAACUCAACGGUACCGAGAGGACCAUUAUAGAAAACUGGGCGCCACAAGUUGGAUUCGUGAUCUUUGAAUUGACUAUUGAGAACGUCACUCCGGGAGAUUUUGGUGAAUACGAGUGUGUGAUUUAUGAAUAUUCAUCUUUUAAAUCAGAUAAAAUCUAUUUGGCACCCCAUGAACGGAACCAACUGGAAUUAACAAGUCGGACAACUGAAAUCACUGUUGAAAUCGGAAACGAUUGGUCGCUUGAAUUUGAUGUUAGCGCGUAUCCUCUGCCUAAUUUCAAGUGGUACGACCCAAAAGGCCGAGAAAGAGAGAACCAGUGGACCCCUAGGAAUUAUGAAAUAAAUGGCGAAUCAUUUGAGGUCGUUUUGGAGACUAAAAACACCAUGAAACCCGAAAUUACGAAGCCUAAAUAUGAUUACAUAGGAAAUUACUUUUUAAACCAAAAAAUUGAAUUUCAAUGUCAAGCUAGUGGAUAUCCGAUACCAAAUUUGAAUUGGGUGUAUGGCAACAAUUAUUUUAAUUCGACUGGCUCUUUAGACUCCGAAAUAUUUGAGAAUGGAGCAACAGUAGUAACUGGAAAGACAAUUGUUACAUCUACUAUAACUAUAAAAAUGGUUGAAUCUGGGUCGAUUAGAUGCAACGCGUGUAACAAAGAAGGCUGUAACCAAUACAUAGUACAAAUAGUCAAUGUCUUUGAUCCAAACGUUGCAUGUCCUAAACUUGAAACUCCAGACACUCCAGUGGCGCCUUGUAAAGAAGUACAUACCGAUCGAUCUAUUGAAUCAAAUCAAUUAAAUGUAUACGGCUUGAUCAUGACCAGUCAACAAGUCAAUGCUUCUAAAGGAGGUUCCGUUAGUAUUAAGUGUGGUUUCUUGGAUAAUAAAUUUCGUAACAAUAUAUCAUGGGAGAAAACCAACGGUAGUCUUGCAUUUAAUGGCAGGGUUGCAAUUGAUUACAAUAACGAUGUUAAAACACAUCUGUAUGUGUCGGAACUUACCAUAACAAAUGUUGAUAAGUCAGACGAAGGUUAUUACAUCUGCAAAGGCACGACAAAAGAUGGCUCUGCUGUUCAAAAUGAGUAUAAGCUUCAUGUCAAUGGUAACUAUUGGUAA